AUUACGCAAAUGCUUCAAAAGCGUUUGUAUUUGUAUUGUUGGUGUGAGUUAUUUUCACAUGUGACUGUUUGCUUGUACACACUAUACAUACGUUUCGUGAUGCAUAUCACGAAAAUAUUGGUGGUUUGUAAUAAAUACAUAUGAAUUGUAUAUGUUUUCAUCAGUUUCCAUUAUUAAUCUGACAUAUUUACCAAUUUUGAAUACUUAUUUUACAUUCAGUUGUUCUUGUAUAUAUGAAGAUAAACAUAAUAAAUUGAGUAUUUGAUUUAUUGUGAAUAUUAGUGACAAUGAUACUUCGAAGGACAAUAAAAAGAGACUUUUCAAUAUUGGGAAAAACAACCGUUCAUUAACUUUUCAAUUAAAUUAAAACAGUUUUUAACAAAGAAUCAAAAGUUGAUACAAUGAGUGAUGAUGAUAGAGAUAUUGAUAUCGAAAGUGAUGAAGGCGACGAUUCAGACUCUAGACAAAGACCAACGAAUAAUACUCAAUAUUAUUCUCAGGGUGUACAUCUUUCACAGGCAGAAAAACGCGCCCAUCACAAUGCACUCGAAAGAAAGCGCCGUGAUCACAUAAAGGAUAGUUUUUCGAGUCUACGCGACACAGUACCUGCUUUACAAGGAGAAAAAGUUGCGAGCAGAGCACAAAUUUUAAAGAAAGCUGCCGAGUAUAUUCAGUUUAUGAGACGUAAAAAUGCUUCACAUCAACAAGACAUUGAAGACCUCAAACGACAAAAUAGUUUAUUAGAAUCACAAAUUCGAACAUUGGAAAAAGCUAAAAUAACUGGAAAUUUUGCAGCAGAAUCGUGCGAAGUAUCAAAAGCAGAAUCUGUUAAUAUUGGUAAUUAUAAUGAUUCAGAAUCAGAAUCUUCAGAUAGUGAAGCUAGCAGAGCUGUACGUCAUCCAAAAAAAUUAAAAAUUGCUGCUAAUCUUCAUCAUUGAUUUUCGAUAAAGUUACUCUUAUAAAAAUUAUUUUGUAUUAAUUAAUAAUAUAGAAAUUACUAUCAAUCA